CCCGCCUUUCUCGUCCUUCGUCUCUGGUCCUUCGUGUCGACAUGUUCCCUCUCGCUUUCCUGUCGCUUUUGACUGUUGUUGCUACUGUAAUCGCUACUCCCUCCCUGUUGCUCGAGGUUUCGGGCCCCUCCACCGUCUAUGGCAUCGACAACUUCAACAUCACCACCACGGUGACGAAUGCUGGCAAUGAGGCUGUCCGCCUCCUCAACCAUCCUCGCGGUCCAUUGUCCGACUUGCCGACGGAUAUGUUCACCAUCACGAACCGGCAUGGUUUCAGCCCGGACUUCGUCGGCAUCAGCGCCAAGUAUUCCCCAUCGGCGGCUCUUGCGUCCAACGAUCGAUAUGCGUUCACUGUGCUUGCGCCUGGACAGUCGGUUGAGGUCCACCAUGACAUCUCUGCUACAUACGACUUCUCGACGUCCGGCCCUGGUCAGUAUGUAGUGAUGAUGAAGAACUUCAAUACGUUCUACUACGUUGCAGAUGGCAAGAUCUCGGCGCUCGUCGGUGGAAGCGGCCACGCCUUCCAUACCAUCAAUGUCGUCGGCAAUGCUAGGUCGCACAAGCAGCGAAUCGACGCGCAUACUGGCGGACACUGUGAGAUCUGGCAGAAGCGCGCGAUCGACGCCGCGGUUCCCCUGGCCGAGAAAUAUGUCCGCCAUGCCCUCGAGGACUUGGUGAAGGGUGGCCCAAACAGCGCGGAAUACAAGCGCUGGUUCGGCCCUGCGCUGCAUGGUGACAGGCACACUUCGGUCUUCAGCCAUUUUGAGACGCUCGCUGGCAGCAACUUCUCUGAGUACGCGUACUUUUGCAAUGCUCGUUUCUGCGCGAACCGCCCUGGUGUCCUCGGAUAUGUUGUGCCCAACCAUUUUGGCGCGAUCAGCCUCUGCGACUCGUUCUUCGAUGCGGAAGUGGGCGGCCACAACUCGCGCGCGUCCACCAUUCUCCACGAGGCUCUCCACUUUUCGAAGAACGGCGCGACGGACGAGCACGCGCACGGCGAGACGCUCGGCCAGGAGCUAGCGCGCAGCUACCCGCACCUCGCGGCGACGAACGCGGACAACUACGAGUACUUCGCCGUCGCGGCCUUCGGCGACGGCCCCGGCCAGGGCGACGCCUCCGUUCUGCUCACCCAGGUCCACUUCGGUAAACACAUCUUGGACUUGUGACUCGCGGGGGCGCAGGACGUGUUCUCAUCAUGCGCACCUUGUGCCGGCCGGGUUUUGACAGAGAACGUGCGGGCGGCGGCGACUGACGCGCCGCUGUUGAUGCCGACGGAAGAGGAGGCGGUCGGGUUGGCGGGGUUGGCGGCUAUGGACGGUUUCUUCAUCCCUUUCCGGUGAUUUGCCAAAUCGGCUUUCUUGAUGAGCGUCCGCUCGUUUGGGUCUCGUUUGCUAUCCACCUGCUAUUGGCGGAUUUUACCUCAGUAUAUUGUAUCUAGUCUCUGCCGCUGUGCAAUAAUCAUUAGGUCGCGGUCAUGUCAUCUUCGACUCAUG